CUCCUCUGCCCCGCGAGCAUCUAUCUACUUUUAGGAAGGCAUUUCUGUCCUAGAGUGUCUGGAGUGACCAAAUACGGUGGCUGACUGAACGCGGGGGAUUGUGAAGCUGAGAUGGACAAUCGUACUCUUGGCAAAGGGAGGAAGUGCGUCCCCUCGCCGUCGGCGGCGGCGGUGGUCAGGAGCGCCGUGCUCCUUCUGGCCGCCGUCGUGUUCGUGGGGUGGCUCAUGAUAUGGGCCAUGCUGCCGACCAGAACUUACAGCUCGACAUGGGCGCCCAAGCUUGCGGCGCUCACCGGCUUCGGGAAACAAGGGAUUAGGAUGACGGUGUACGUGUUCCCAGUGCUGUUCGUGUAUGUUGUUGCGUGCGUUUACCUGCAUUUGCAGCAGAAGGGGGGUGACCCUGACACCCAGCGCCGGUCCAGCACGAGAAUGGCAUCCUGGAGGAGGCCCGUGCUGGUGAGAGGCCCGCUGGGGAUCGUGACGAGCAUAGAACUGGCCAUCCUUCUCAUGUUCAUGGCGCUCCUCGUCUGGUUCUACUACGCGUACAUCGCCGUCGAGUUCUCCAAGCUACGCGUCAAGCCAGGCGAGAAACUGUGGCAGGCGGAGCUGGAGAAAGCGGCGAAGCGGCUCGGCUCGGUCGGGAGCUUGUGCUGCGCGCUGUUGUUCCUGCCCGUGGCACGCGGCUCGUCGCUCCUGCCGCUCAUCGGCCUCACGCCGGAGGCCGGCAUCAAGUACCAUGUCUGGCUGGGGAACAUGGCGAUGGCCUUCUUCACCGCUCAUGGGCUCUGCUACGUCUUUUUCUGGGCAUCCACUGAUCAGAUCCACCUGAUGACGAAAUGGGCAAGGACGAGGGCCUCGAACGUGGCCGGGGAGCUGGCGUUGCUCUGCGGCCUCGCGAUGUGGGCGACGGCGCUGCCGCGCAUCCGCCGCCGGGUGUUCGAGCUCUUCUUCUACGCACACCACCUCUACAUCCCCUUCAUCGUGUUCUCCGCGCUCCACAUGGGAGUCACCGUGUUCUUGUACGUCCUGCCCGGCGUCUUCCUCUUCGCCGUCGACCGGUGCCUCCGGUUCCUGCAGUCGCGCGCCCGCAUCCGCCUCGUCUCUUCCCGCCUCCUGCCGUCCGGGGCCGUCGAACUCAACUUCGACAAAAGCCCCAGUAAGCAACGUAGAUAUCCAUGCAAGGAGGGUUACGAGGCAACGACAGUAACUGACAACUUUGUUGCAGAUCUGAGGUACAAUCCCACGAGCACGCUCUUCGUCAACGUCCCAUGCGUCUCGCGGCUCCAAUGGCACCCCUUCUCGGUGACGUCGAGCAGCAGCCUCGAGCCGGACACGCUCAGCGUCGUCAUCAAGAACAGAGGCGGAUGGACGCAGAAGCUGUACGAGACGGUCUCGUCUCUGCCCCCGUCGGGUGGCCACCUCGGCGUCUCGGUCGAGGGGCCGUACAGCCCGGCCGCCGGGGUCACGUCCUUCUUGGGCCAUGACUCGCUGGUGAUGAUCAGCGGCGGCAUCGGCAUCACACCGUUCAUCUCCGUCAUCCGCGAGCUGGUUUACCAGAGCAGCGUGGCAGAAACGGCGUCCACGCCGAAGCUCCUCCUCGUCUGCGUCUUCAGGACAUCGGCCGAGCUCGACAUGCUGGACCUCCUCGUCCCGGCCUCCGGCGGCCUCUACGGCACCCCCAGCCUUGACCUGCGCAUCGAGGCCUUCGUGACGAGCGAGAGCGAGCCCCGCACCGGCAACGACACGCACAAGCGGCCUUGUCAACAGGUCUGGUUCAAGCCGUGGCCGUCGGACGCACCCGUCUCCCCGGCGCUGGGAACCAACGGCUGGCUCUGGCUCGGCGCCGUCGUGUCCUCGUCGUUCGCCGCGUUCCUCCUGCUCGUCGCCGUGCUACAGCGGUUCUACAUCUACCCGGUUGACCGAGACAGCAACCACGUGUACCCGUGGGCGGCCAGAACGAUGCUGAACCUGCUGUUCCUCGGCGUCAGCGUCGCCGGUGUCACCGGUGCGGCGUUCCUGUGGAGUAAGCGGAGGAGCGCCAGGGAGGCCAAGAAGAUAAAGAGCGUGGACGGGCCGACGCCGGCGAUGUCGCCGGUGUCGUUGCUCCACUGGACAGGUGGAGGCGGCGUGGAGAGGGAGCUGGAGAGCUUGCCUGCGCAGCCUCUUGCGCAGGCUACCAAUGUGCAUUUCGGCCACCGUCCAGAUCUCAAGAGGAUGCUGCUGGGGAUUCACGACGAAAACGUUGGGGUGAUGGCCAGCGGUCCGUCGGGGAUGCUUGAGGAGGUCGCGACUAUCUGCUCGUCUGGGCUGGCGAGCAAUCUGCAUUUCCAGUCUAUAAGCUUCACCUGGUGAACAACCAAUUCCGAGCAUCUAGCUCAAGAGGAAGAGGCUUUGGUUCUACUUUCUCCUAGUUCGUACAUCGCCGUAGUCUGUUGUGUAGAUUUUUUUUUCUUGUUUGCGGGUAAAUGUUGUGUACCUAUUAUUCUCUCGUUUCUAUGACUAUCACCAUUUCUCUA